CGAAUAAACGAGAGUUUACUGGUUAUCUUAUUUACAUUCUUUCCUUGAAACCCGUUCGAUAAAUACAUUCUGGCAGCAGGAUUGAAUCCAAUUGAGAUAACGCAAAGUUUUGCCGUUUCACAGGCAUAAAACGCCAAUGAAACCGCUUCAUUCGACUAGUGACAGUGCCGUGAUUGGCAGUGCAUACUGAGUGUGUGUGGAAAAAUUGGUGCAAGAGUGUUGUGUUUGCAAUCAUUUUAGGGUGUUUUAAUUUGAUUAUCCUUCAAACGAAGCCCGCAAAGUGUGCUUCCAGUCACUGGGGGUUGUAUUCGUUCUGCUCACAACGUGCAUUGAAGUGCUGGAAAGCGUACGAAGCAAACGCAUUUUGUGCCCCUAGAACAAACAGCAAUCUGGCAUCACGAGUUAGCCGGCAGACACAGACCGGACGGAGCAGUGGCAGAGUGGAGAUCAUGCGCUCAUAGUUUUGUCAUACGUGUACUAAUCGAAUUUGUGUGACCAUUAAGGGUAAGGGGUGCCGUAUUUGAGGGAGUUUGUCGGGUCGUUUGUGCACGGUGUACGGACCGAGUGGACAGUAAGGGAUAAGUGUUACACGAGGGAACUAGAGCAUGAUGAAAUUGAACAGACCCCGGUGGUCACCGCUUCUGUGGCGGAUUACUAUACUGUGCGCCGUGCUGUUAUUUCAUAACCCCGUGGUGCAUGGAAAUGACGAAAUUGCCACCGAAUCUCAGCCGGCCGAGGAUGCUGAGCUGUACGAAACUCCAAAGAUAGACUCCAAACACAUGUAUUUUGCGGAACAUUUUGAUGAUCUGUACCAAGACGAUGCGAUCGAAAAGCGCUGGGUUAAAUCCAAAGCAAAGAAAGACGAUGCGGCUGAAGAGGUGGCCAAGUAUGAUGGCGAAUGGGCAGUCGAGCAACCGCAAAGACCUAUCCUCGCAAAUGACUAUGGCUUGGUGCUGAAAUCUAAAGCGAAGCAUGCUGCGAUUGCAUCACAUUUGCUACUGAACCGACCAUUUGUGUUCGAUGAUAAACCACUGGUGGUGCAGUAUGAGGUAAAUUUGCAGGAGGGCCAAGAAUGCGGCGGAUCUUACAUCAAACUACUGUCUGUUGGUGAUGGAACGAAGGAUUUGAAACAAUUUCAUGACAAAACGCCGUACACGAUCAUGUUCGGUCCGGACAAGUGUGGUAAUGAUGUGAAGCUUCACUUCAUUUUCAGGCACGUUAAUCCGGUCAAUGGUUCCAUAACGGAAAAGCAUUGUAACAAGCAAAAAGACCGGCUAGAUGAUCCCUUCAAAGACAAACGGCCCCACCUGUACCAACUGAUCAUUCGACCGGACAACACAUACACAAUUCGCGUUGAUCGCAAAACUGUCAACGAAGGUUCGCUGCUCACAAACUUUACCCCUGCAGUAAAUCCGCCAGCCGAAGUUGAUGAUCCGGAAGACCGUAAGCCCGAAAAUUGGGACGAUCGGGAAAAGAUUCCCGAUCCAGACGCAACAAAGCCGGACGAUUGGAAUGAGGAAGAACCGGCUCAAAUUGCCGAUCCAAAAGCGACCAAACCGUCGGGAUGGUUGGACGAUGUGGAGGAAAUGGUACCGGACAGCACGGCCGUAAAGCCGGCAGAUUGGGACAACGAUAUGGAUGGCGAAUGGGAACCGCCCCUGAUUCCGAACCCGCUGUGUGAAAAGGCGGUCGGUUGUGGGCUGUGGAAACCACCGAUGGUGGCUAAUCCUAAUUACAAAGGCAAAUGGCGUCCACCGCUAAUCGCGAAUGUAAACUACCAAGGCAAAUGGGCACCGCGGAAGAUACCGAACCCGGACUUUUUCGAAGAUUUGACUCCAUUCCGGAUGACCCCGAUUGCUGCGGUAGGCUUCGAAAUUUGGUCCAUGUCUAGCGACAUUCUGUUCGACAAUGUUGUCAUUUGUGAUGAUGAAGCUGUGGCGGAUGAAUGGGCAGCACAAACGUUUGAUCUCAAAGUCAAAACACUCGAUCGGCAAGCGCAAACACUCUGGGACAGAGCGAUGAGAUAUAUAAACUACAAACCAGGUUAUUGGGGAGCAUAUUUCGUUUACUGUUCGAUACCGCUGAUCGCCUACAUAUGGUUCCUAUGGUCGCGACGUGAUACAGAGGCUGACGCUAAAGCGGAACUUGGACGGAAGAAGAAAAACGAUGAUUAUCCAGCACCGGAAGACGAGCUGGAUGAUGGUUCUGGCGAAGUGGAUGAAGAUGGUCGUUCAAGUAAAACAAAGCUAAACGCUGCCCCAACGGGUUCCUCCGGGUCACGAUCUGCCAGUAGUGCCGGUGAAGCUUACGGAGAAGACGAAGACGAACAGGAGGUUGAUGAAGCUGAUGGUGACGACGAGGAAAAUGAUGCACAGGAAGAGGCUCCGGGACUGGUGGCGGCUGGUGAUGAGGAUGCAUCCUCAAGCGAUGUACCGGUAGAUAGUAAGAAUUCGGAAGGUGCGGAAGGCCUUAAGAAGAGAAAAGCUCGCAGAGACUAGAGGCAAUUGUCUGAAGGAGGAGGAGGAGGAUGAUGAUGAGAGUAGAACAAUAACUUUGAGCCGUUUCGGUGAGGGUAGUAGUAGCUUGUUUGGGAGCAGAAACAACAGCUAGAUCCGAAGUAAUCCGUUGAACUAUAAAGCUUUAGCAUGAAUCCAUAAGAUCGAUCUAUUUCAGCAUUCAGUUAUAAUUUCCAAACACAAAUUUAAACCAAUAAUACAGCAGAAGGAAUUAUUGGAAAGGAUUUACUUAUCAUCUAAAGAUUAAUGAUAUUUUGCCGUUCAUAACAACCAACCAAUAAUAGUUUCGUUUGUUUGAUGGGAAAUAGCCACGGGUUGUCGUUUGCAUGCAGAUUCAAGCAAAUGGGUUUCGCUUUAAAUAUGAACCAAAACGAUAGAAGACGAAUAUUAUUCAUGUAGUGCUUUUUGGAUGAUUUCGCAUGGUUUCGUGGCCAAUCGGGAUAACAAGGAACAUCGACCGGUAACAGGAAAGCAAUUUGGGUAAUACGUCUUUUAGGCAUCAUUCAGCACCAAAGGGUAAAGGCGGCUCUAGUUUAAGUAAAUGAUUCUAAAGCAACACACGCAUACGAACAAAUACGCGGACGAACUUUGAGGUUGCAUCAUAAUUAACUAUUUCAUUCGAUUGUGUGGCAUUUGUAGGUUUGGUUUUUGUACCUACGGCUCUUUCUUUUUUUGCGAUUUAACGAGAACUUAUUUAAACUACGUGGAAGUAGGUAUCGGUUUGAUUUUCGAUUCUGUUCUAUCGUACUUGGGUAAUGGCUAGGAGUUUUUUUCCGUUUAAAGAUACCGUAUUUAGAGCUGAUUUUAGAUGUGAAAAAUCAUUCAGAUUAGCAUUCAGCAUGUUCUUAUAACUGUAAACAAUCUCAUUCGUAGAGUAGUUCGAACGUGAACGCUAAGCGCACCGAGUGUGUGUGUGUGUGAAAUGAUCUGCUCGAUGAAAGAUUCGGCGGACAUUCGAGGUCUCACUCGAUAUGAAUAAAUAAAGCGUAAAUAAUUGACC